AUGUCUACUGACCUCAUUUCAGUAGUAUCGACGGUAGAGAUAAGAGACCUUCUAUAUAAAUUAUGGGAAGUUGAAUAUAUCAUCAAAUCUGUUCUUGCAGUGGAUCGUGACCGGGAGACCGAUCAGUUGCCCUUAGAACCAAUCAACAGUGAUGCAUCGUGUCAACACUCCGAUGCAACACAUCCACCGUCACCCUCCAUCGCCACCCCUCCUGCACAUGUUCUCCAUCCAUCCCCCUCUUCUGCCUCGCGAUUCGACGAUGCUGGCGCUGGGGUACAUCUUCGCGGAGUUUCACCCACCACCGAUUCGUCACCUUCCACCGCAACAUCUGCGCCCCUUCUCUUCUGA